GUCUGUGCAGGUGCAGACUCAGACCACAGUAUAUUUCUACAUCAAAUAUGUCCCAUCAGGACUGAUCAGGAGGGAAAGGAGGAGCAUGUCUUUUUUUAAUCCUGGUCUGUCGUAAACAUUUUCCAAACUGUAGCCAAACAACGUAAAACCAACCUUACGCUUCAAUAAUUAAUCUGGCGCUGAAUAAAUAAUUGAAAUAUACGCGUCAAUCAGCUGCGGGCGUCGGAAAAAAACAUAUCAGGAGCUCCUGUGUUCGACCAAUAGGAGAGAGAGCUUCCACACUCCCUGCUGAGUUUCAGCCAAUCAGAGUUACACUUCCUCCAUUUCCUGUUGUGGACUCGGGAGUUGGACGGAGCAUUCCUCUGGUCCAGAAUGUGAAUUAAAUACCACUGUCGGUAUGAGCAUGAAUGACUUCUCUCUCCCGCUGCGAGACGUGUUGCACACGACGGAGCCUCACGUGGGCCAUCAUGCCCAUCACGCUGCUGUGGGCCGUGGAUGUGUACGGCAGGGUGUACAGCCUCUCCACAGCUGGCCAGCGCUGGGAGCGUGCGGACGACAUGCUGCUGGAGCUGAAGCGCGUCACUGCGGGGAAGGGGCGCUGCUGGGGCAUCGGCUGUGACCACCACGUUUACCUCAACAUGAUGCCCAGUGAGACCCCCAUCCGCUACCGAGAGGAGACCUAUGAAAAUCAGAGGUGGAACCCAGUCGACGGCUUCACUGACACACUGCUGCCCACCGACCGCUGGCCGUGGAGUGAUGUGACCGGGAUGAAUCCUCAACCGCUCCACAGCUUCCAGUUGCCCUCCCGCAGCUGGGAGUGGGAGGGAGACUGGUAUGUGGAUCAGACCUGUGGAGGAGAACCCAGCCAGACUGGGGGCUGGGAGUAUGCGGUCGAUUUCCCGGCCAACUUCUCCCCAGACAAGAAAUGGAAUUCCUGUGUUCGUCGUAGGCGCUGGAUCCGCUACAGGAGAUACAUCGCACAAGGCACUUGGGCCAAGAUCCCUUUGGACAAUCCAAGGAAACCUCCGCUACCACUCUGUGACAUCAGCUGUGGUGGGUGGGAGAUGAGCGACCAGUCUGGAAGGUAUCCCUACCUCUGGGGUGUGUCCCAACAAGGACAGGUGUGGUUCAGGGAGGGCAUCCACCCACGGGUGCCAGAGGGCUCCAGCUGGGAGGAGGUAGAAGUGCCCAAGGAGGUGGCUCAGUUGUCAUGUGGUCCUGGAGACCUGCUGUGGGCUUUACUCUGGGAUGGGAACCUGCUGGUCCGUACGGGCCUCAGCCUGGACAGUCCCACCGGCACAUCAUGGGUAGAGGUGGAAUCACCAGGGAAAGAGGUUGAAGCCCUUCAUGUGGCUGUUGGAGUCAGUGUGGUCUGGGUGGUCACUAAAGACUACAAGGUGUGGUUCAGGCGUGGUGUGAACUCCCACAAUCCCUGUGGCUCUGGCUGGAUUAGCAUCGGAGGAGAGAUGAUGAUGGUGGAUGUAGGACUCAAUGAUCAGGUGUGGGCAGUUGGUGAGGAUCGCGGCCUGUAUUUCAGAAUGGGUGUAACGCCGUCUGAACCAAGUGGGAAUGGCUGGAUUCCUGUUUCUGCCCAAUGGGGCAACAGUAAAGAGGUUAUUCCACCUAGAGACGACUGUGAGUUCAGCGGCCAACUGACAGAGGCCUCACAAGGUUCAGUUCUGAGCUGCACUGACUCAGACUCAGAGUUGGGUCCUUCUGACCCGCAAAACAGCACUAAUGACACCCCAGUCCUGGAGGCAGCAGCCCCCUCUGUAGUUCCCUUAGGAGGAGCUGACACUCUUACACCUCCCCUGGAGGCAGAGGACGCCCCCUCAGCCCCCCAGCAGGAUGCCCCCAAACCCUUCAUCCCUGCCAGCGACAGCUUCAUCAACAGCCUGGUUUCAGACCGCGACAAGGCUUCCACAUCGCAACCGACCAUCACAGAGAUACCGCAGGAGGAGGUCGAGGAACUGUCCCCGGCGCCUAUACUCCCGACCCCCGAGGCUGUGGGCCAAGACGUCCCCUGGAUGAACGUGGACCUGGAGGGGGCAGAGGCGGCUCGAAGUGCACAGGCGGCGGGGGCUUCGCUGGGUGAUGGUGGUGUUGCUGCUACGUACGCACUGGGGACUCUGGAGACCUCUCAUGGUGUUGGGGAAGAGGACGGCCCAGUGUGGACCUGGAUCUCCGGUGGAGGCUGCGAUGUGGAUGCAAGCUCACAGAUCAGCUGGCUCAGUCCUGCAGGUCCUCUCACCAGCUCUCUGUCACUGACCCCAGUUCAGUCGGCAGCCUGGAGCGAGCAACAGCAGCAGCAGGAGCACAAAGAGGAGAUCAGCAAGAAACCACUGGAGAGAAGCAACUCGGUGUGGGUGCGAAAAGGUGCGUUGCGCUGGUGGAGGGACUGCAAGCCUCAGCGCUGGGUGGAUGUGGGUGUUGCUCUGGAGCAGUCCACCAAGUCUGAUGGCAGGAAGGACAGCAUUUUCUUUGUCUAUUACACACAGUAUGAUGAGAAAAAGUACCUUCAUGUGUUUAUAAAUGAAGUGACGGCGCUGGUUCCAGUGCUCAGGGACUGCCACUAUGCCUUUGCUGUGUACACAGCCCAAAGGACCAAACAGAGGUGGCCUCUGGUCCUGGCGGCACAAACUGAAAAGGACAUGAAUGACUGGUUGUGCCUGUUGUCUGACUGUUGCUGCGAGUGUCGGGGGAUCACAGGUCCCCCAUCCAGACAGGCCCUGUGGUCCACCACCUCAAAGGGAGACAUCAUGGUCCACGAGCCAUCCUUCUCCCUGGAGGCUCCUGCAAACACACUGGCCUGUGACCUCAUGUUCUGGCGCCAGGUCCCGGGACACCUGCGCUGUGUAGAGUCUAACAGUCUGGGGCUGGUGUGGGGCAUCGGGUGGGACGGCACCGCUUGGGUCUACAGCGGGCGCUAUGGGCAACAGCCCACCCCGGGAGAUGCUGUUCAGAUGCACCAGCAGACUGAUGUCAGGAGUGUACAUGUGUAUGAGAAUCAAAGAUGGAACCCUAUGACAGGAUAUACAGACAAAGGGCUUCCUACAGACCGCCCCAUGUGGAGUGAUGAAAGCGGGCUGAAAGAGUGCACCAAAGGCAACACACACCCUCCCUCUCCUCAGUGGUCCUGGGUGUCAGAGUGGUCUGUGGACUACAAUGUCCCUGGAGGAACAGACAAAGAAGGCUGGCAGUACGCUGCAGACUUCCCCGUGACAUUUCAUGGCCACAAAACCAUGAAAGACUUUGUCAGGCGCAGAAGAUGGACGAGGAAGUGUAAGAUCACACUGAGAGGUCCAUGGCAGCAGGUCCCACCCAUCCCACUCAGUGACAUCUCUCUUAUGCCGUGUCUGGCCCAGAGCAGGAUGGAGCAGGUCCCAGUCUGGGCCCUCAGUGAUAAGGGAGACGUCCUGUGUCGGCUGGGAGUCAGCCCCCAAAACCCAGCGGGCAGCUCCUGGCUACAUGUAGGCACAGAUCAGCCCUUUAAGUCCAUCUCCAUCGGCGGAGCCAACCAGGUGUGGGCCAUCGCCAAGGAUGGAGCUGUGUUCUACAGAGGAUCGGUGUCCCAGCAAAACCCUGCAGGUGAAUGCUGGUACCACAUCCCCUCUCCUCCAAGGCAGACCCUCAGACAGCUGUCUGUGGGCCGGACCUCUGUCUUCGCUGUGGAUGAAAACAGUAACUUGUGGUACAGGCAGGGCCUCACCCCCAGCUAUCCUCAGGGCUCCGCCUGGGAGCUCAUCUCUAACAACGUCACCAAGGUUUCUGUGGGACCGCUGGACCAGGUGUGGAUCAUAGCAGACGGGGUUCCAGGUUUCCCCACUGAGACUGCAGGCGCUGUCUGCCACAGGCUGGGGGUGGGACCCAUGCAACCCAAGGGCCAGUCCUGGGACUAUGGUAUAGGGGGAGGAUGGGAGCACAUCAGUGUGAGGGGGAACUCAGCUGAGGCUCCUCGCCCCCCCCACCCUCCACCCGUUGGAUCCCCACGCAGCCCAUUCCCCAUGCGGCCUCCAACACAAGUGAACGGGAACGCUGUGGGUGUGUAGCACCGCCCCCACACACACACACCCCACCCCCAACCCCUCCAUCUCCUACUCCCCCUGCCCUGUUUGUGCCUGGAUCUACAGUACAUUUGACUCCCACAGGCUCUUAUCCCUUCAUGUAAAGGGAAUGCACAAUUGCACCACUGAGUUUAUAUUGUAUACUUUGGUUGGAUCUGACUCUCGAUCGAUGGAUGAAUGUUAACUCCCCGGCUUGUUCCCCACGACAGAAGCACAAGGGGAACUCAACAGCAUUUAUGCAGGAUGGAUCUUGUGGGAUAAAAAUUUCAAAGUGAGUGCAUGUGUUUGCUCUUACUAGGCUUUGGCUACUGGGUGUUUUGGGAUCUAGCAAUAGCUUUUAUUCUUAGAUAAAAUAUUCUGUGAAAACCUAAGAGGGUGAGACUUCCAGUAAAUAAAGGGCUAAGGCUUGGGUACCAAACUAACUCAUUUUCAAACAUACUUAUGAUCCCACUGUAGCCGAUAUUAUCUUGGUUUCUAGAAUCUUGAUUUGUUUGUUUUUUGUGUCUGAUUUGCCUGUCAUACAUUUGCAUGUGAUUUAAAUUAUUUAUUUACUAUGCAUUUGUUGAAUUUAGUUUCUCCACGUUUUGGCCUGUUACAUGUUUGCAAUAGAGUGUUCUUCGCCCCCGUCGCUACAACAAGCCUUCCUAAUGCUGAGGGCUUUUUCAAAAGGACCGGCAAAACUUUAAGAUAUUCAUACUGUAUGAAAAUAUACUGCUCUUUGAUUACAAGUGACUGCAAUGGAAAAAUAUAAAACAUUGAGUCCACAUCACCAGAUAAUACCUCUCUAUCCUCCUGCAAUAAGGACAAGUUUUUCCUGUUAGUAUUGUACCCAUCCACACAACUGCUAUGACCGUGACUGUUGAAACUGCACAGCAGGUCUGAAUGUCACCAUGACCAGACAUUCAUCUUACAAGGGCAUUGAAAUAUGAAAUAAAAGUCUAAAAACAU